AUCCACCAUCCAUCCAUCCCAGCACCGCAGCAUGCAGAGGCAAGGAUACAUCCUCACAAUCAAAGAAAACCCUGUUAGGUUUUUUCUCAAAGCUUUCCUUUGCAAAUUUACAACUUUUGCCCUCCUUACCCAACCUUCACUCUUACAAUGACGGACAAAGACAACAUGGAAUUCGAAGACGAAGAAUCCUCCGUGGUUUCGGAAGCCAUGACGGAUACUGAAAACACGGUGCGUUCGGAAGAUGAGAGAGAUGAGAAGAAGGAAGUCUACAAGAUGUCUGCCAAGGACACGAGGCGUGUCCAGCUGUGGCGCUUUGUCGUGACCGUGGCUUUGUUGGUCACAGCUCUCGUUGUGACCUUGACCACCUACCGUUUCCUCAAGGAUGAAGAGACAAGCAACUUUGAAGUUGCCUUUGAGCAAUUCAGUCGUACGCUUGCUGAAGCCGCCCUUGAAGAGCAAGAGAAUAUCCGCGACUCCAUGAAGAGUGUGGCAGCUGCCAUUUCUAGUCAAGCUGUGACCGCCAAUGCCUCUGACAGUUGGCCGAAUGUCAGGAUCAAGAUGUUUGGCCUUUACGCUCAAAAUGCUAUGCAGCAGUGCAAGGUGGAGUUCAUGGCGUUUAACCCACGAGUGAGCCCACAACAGUAUGCUCCCUACAUUGAGUUCAUCAACAAUAACUUCAAGGAGAUGAUUGAUGAGGGUCACAUGUUUCAUUAUGGCGAUCUGACCCACAUCUCACAGGAUCCAAGGUUCAGUCGUCCCACUCCAUUCAUCAGUGCCGUUGGACCCGAAGGCUUUGGCCCGGACGAGCCUCGUGAUGUCUACUGGCCCAGUCAAAUGUACUCGCCCCCUGCUGGUUCUUAUGUACUGAACCAUAAUGUUGGGUCAUUGGACAGAGUUGCAACUGCCCUUGUGGCCUUGGAACACUUGCAGUAUGACACUGUAUUUACUGGUGCCAAUGGAGAAGACACUACCACUGACCGCAUCUUGGGGAAAGAGGUUCAUGCCACCUACCACAGUCAGCUCAACGGCACCAAGUCGUCCCCGCAUGGAUAUGCCCUCCAGCCCGUCCACCAAGAUCCACUUGAUCAAAACUCCAAUAUUGUUGGCAUUGUCACUUCUGCCUUCGCAUUCGAUGCUGCUCUGCGCAACCUGAUUCCAGAUGGAGUUCAAGGCAUUAUCUGUGUCAUUACCAGCACCGAGAACGCAAACUUCACCUAUGAAGUGGAUGGCCAAAAUGCGUACUUUCUCGGCAUAGAAGACCUUCAUGAAAGCAAGUAUGAUGACUAUGGAGUUCAAGUGGAUUUGGCUCUACACACCAACCCUGAGUUCCCCACCACACCAGGCCAUGCCCAAUACCAAAUGCACAUCUAUCCAAGUGACCGCUUCCGAGCUACUUAUGACUCGAAUACACCUGAGAUCUUUGCCAUUGCCGUUGCUGUGACAUUUGUCCUCGUGGCCAUUGUCUUUCUUGUCUAUGAUCUCUUUGUCUUCAAGAGGAAUGAGAAUUUGGUGGCAAAGGCGGCACAGAGCAAUGCCAUUGUGACAUCUCUCUUUCCGGAGCACAUGCGGGAACGUCUCAUGCACGAAAAGGAGGAGGACCAGCUCACCAAGGACAAGGCAGGAAGGAGAAAGACUCUCAGUGGUUCCUUGACUGAUGGAACCUUUGAUGAGAAAACUUCUCGAGUUCACAAGCCGUUGGCAGAUUUGUAUCUUGAUACUACUGUACUCUUUGCCGACAUCACCGGCUUCACUGCGUGGUCUUCUGUGAGGGAGCCAUCACAGGUUUUUGUUCUCUUGGAGACUCUCUUUCAGUCUUUUGAUGGUGUUGCCAAAAAGCGCCGAGUCUUCAAAGUGGAGACUGUUGGCGACUGCUAUGUAGCUGUGUCUGGGCUGCCAGAGCCAAAAAAGGAUCACCCAAUUGCGAUGUGCAGGUUUGCUCGUGACAUCAUUGCUAAGAUGCGAAGCUUGACCAAAGCCUUGGAGGUGACCCUGGGGCCGGAUACCGGCGACCUUGAUCUUCGAGUGGGAAUUCACUCUGGGCCUGUCACUGCAGGAAUCCUGAGGGGAGACCGAAGCAGGUUCCAACUGUUUGGUGACACCAUGAACGUCUGCCAGCGAGUUGAGUCCUCGGGCAAAGCCGGUCGCAUCCAUGCUUCAAAAGAAACAGCGGAGCUUCUCAAGUCCAUGGGAAAGGAAUCAUGGCUAGACAAGAGGACACAUGCAGUGAAUGCAAAGGGUCUUGGUGAAAUGGUCACAUACUGGAUCAGUGUUGCUGGCGAACGAGCUGGAAGUGUUACUUCCCGUGGAAGUUUUGACGACCUCCACUUUGGAACUACAAGGAACAAUCACACAGAUGGGGUGAAACCAAUCAAGGAGUUGGAUGCACGAAUGAACCGCCUGAUCAGCUGGAAUUGUGAAAUGCUGCUUGAGAUUAUGCAGCAGGUUGUUGCCAGACGCUCCGCCAAGCAAGCCAAGAAGAGAUCCCUAUCGAACAGAGUAAUUCUGCCAGAGAAGGAAAACACCAACCCAAUCAGUCAAGUUAAAGAGAUCAUCCACCUGCCAGGUUUUGAUGCAGCGGCAGCAGAAAAGCAGCAGAAUCCAGCUGAUGUUGAGAUUCCUUCCCAGGUUGUCAAGGAGCUCCACCUCUUGGUUAGCGAAAUAGCCAGGUUGUACAAUGACAACCCCUUCCACAACUUUGAUCAUGCAUCCCAUGUUGUGAUGAGUGUGAUCAAACUGACGAGUCGAAUUGUGGCUACCAGUGACAAUGAUCAAGUUGAGAGUGCUGCCAAACUCCAUGACCACACAUACGGCAUUACCAGUGAUCCGCUGACCCAGUUUGCUUGUGCCUUCUCUGCCUUGAUUCAUGAUGCUGAUCAUGUUGGAGUGAGCAAUGCUCAACUGGUCAAGGAAGGCACUGACCUGGCAGUGAGAUAUGAGGGGCGGAGUGUGGCCGAACAGAACUCGCUGGAUUUGAGUUGGGAGUUGUUGAUGGAGCGUCGUUUUGAGACAUUCCGGUCCUUCCUCUUCAGUGACUCAGCCGAACUCACUCGCUUCAGGCAACUGGUGGUGAAUUCGGUGAUGAGCACUGACAUUGUCGACAAAGACAUGAAAACUCUCCGCAAUGGCAGAUGGGACAAGGCCUUCAAGAAAGGAGACAACGUCGACUUUGAGGAUGAGAGCAAGACUGAUGAAGUCAACAGGAAGGCAACGAUAGUGAUUGAACACAUCAUCCAAGCAUCUGACAUCAGCCACACUAUGCAGCACUGGCAUGUGUACAGGAAAUGGAACCAGAAUCUGUUUGAGGAGCUCUAUGUGGCUUACUUGAAUGGCCGAAUGGACAAGGACCCUGCGACUUUCUGGUACAAAGGAGAGUUUGGAUUCUUUGACUUUUAUAUUAUCCCCUUGACAAAGAAGCUCAAGGAGUGUGGUGUUUUUGGUGUGUCCUCGGGAGAGUUCCUCAACUAUGCCACCAAGAAUAGAGAGAUGUGGGAACUUCAUGGUGAAGAGGCUGUGGCAGAGAUGAUUGCUGAAGCCAAGGAGAAGUAUGGAGUUAAGAAUGAGGAUGCUGCCAAGGAAGCACCAGAACAAGCUGUUCCACGCCCUCCUCCUGUUGAGAUUGAUGUCUAGAAAUGAUAUGAUGUCUUUCUGGGUACACCUCCCUCCGCUUCUCCUCUGAUCGCUUCCUUGGCCCUCCAUCUUUUUCGAGUCUCCCCCCGUCCUUCCAUCAUUUCCAGGCUCUGUGAAACUGCUCCACCAAUAAGUUGCUCAAGGCAGCAAUAUAUAUACAUUUAGUAGAUUUUUUUGGCUCCC